AUGUCGGCCGCAGCUUCUAAGUCGAAACCUCUCAAGUCCGCCUUCGCAAACAAACGAAAACAGGGUCCACCAGGCGACAAUGGCGGCAACGGUGGAGGUGGUGGCGGCGGUGGAUGGGCUGCGAAGCGCGUCAAGAUACGCCAGGACAGGGAAAUCGUAGCCCAACAGUCGGAAGCGGCCCUUAAAGAUGGAGAGCUGGAUUUGCAGGCAUUCCUAAACGCGCGCGAGUUCGAGAUUAAGGCCCUCGAGGAGAGCAUGCGGCACACGAAGGGCGAGGCUACGAGCCGCGCAUUCCAGCAGGUUCCCCGCGGCAUGCGACGGCGGACGGCGAGUCACAACGCGAAGAGGGUCCCGAAGAGGCUGCGUAGGAGGGCGCUGAAGGAGAUGGCGGAGGACAAUACCCCUGUGGUCAUUUCGCGACGGCGGAAACCCAAGACGACGAGGGCGAGGAUCCGUGCAGAGACGGCGAAGAGGCUCGGUUUCCUGGCAGAGAAGAAGAGGAGGCGGCAGAUGAAGGCUGCCAAGGCGAAAGCACAGGACGGGGAGGCUGCGGGGGCGCCGAAAGUCACAGUCACGACGAGAGCGCCGAGGCCAAAGAUCCGACGGAACGAGCUCAAUGAGCCCCCGAAGCGCAAGUCGAAGUUCAGGAAGCGCCAGAUCAACAAGACCUGGCUGCCGACGCACCUGUGGCACGCGAAGCGGUCGAGAAUGACGGAGCCGAAGAACCCUCUCUGGAGAUUCGCCAUACCCCUGACGCCGAACGAGAAGAUAUACCGAGCGACGCAUCGUGCGCAAGGAGAGAAGGGCGUCGUUGCGUGGGAUACGAGCUACACAAGCACGAUUGGUCUUUACGGUUCCGCCAAGAGCGUGGAGCAAGUCUUGCGCAAGAUUGGUGUCGCGCAGGAGAGUUGCUGGAACGAUAGGGGAGCCAUGUGGAGGACUGGCACACGACACUGGACGGGAUUCUUGAGCAAGGAGACGAGGCACGAGAGACGGGAUAUCUGCCCUGCCACGAUCAUCUGGAACCCCGAGGCCGUAUCAAAUCCUUCGGCGGCAGAAGGCGAAGCGCAGCCGAGCAAGACCCAAAGACAGGUCUUGCUGAGGGUCCAUCCCUCUGCGUUCCUCGAAGUCUUUACUGAGCUUCUUCGGCUCGUGAAGAUGCAUACCCCGAGACCAUACAUUGAGGACCUGAGAUUUGAGAUUGGAAGUAUUGAGCUUACCGGCCCGGCGUCAACAGAGACGCUCCUUGGUAUCCUCCACCCAUACCACACGAAGGAACAGUCUAAGGAGAAGCAUGCGGAAAUGUUUGAUAGCCUCACCAGUGUGAUGAGCCCAGCAACACUCCCUGCAAACGCCACGCUUGGGUUUUCCGUCUUGGAUCCUCGUCUUCGAUACCCCCCGAAGAGAGUCAGUCAGCCUGACCCGGAUGAUACCGUGGCGCAAAGCAAGUCUCUGGAUUUGCUAGCAAAGUGGCCAUCGGAUGUGGGCCUGAAGCCUUACGGUCUCUUUCACAGAGACUCCCGUGCCUCGGCAACUAACCUGCCUUCCCAAAAGUCAGUAGACCGACGCAAAGGAGCAAGACGCCCAGGGACCGUUCUUGAAGUCUCUGACGUCGACCCCCCUAUCCCUGUUCUUCUGUUGGCUUCAUGUGCAGGCACAGGCAACCAAGUACAAGGCAACUGGACGCUCCUCGCCCCGUGGAGAUGCAUCCAGCCCAUCUGGCACAGCCUCGUCCAUUUCCCGCUGUCUUCCGGCGGGAACCCGCGCUUCUCUGGCUUGAAUGAGAUCAGGCAAGUAGCAUUCGAGCGGAACCUACCGUGCUUCCCUUUCGACCACCUCGGCACCAACGCCGGCGCGGAGUGGGAGCUCGAGGAGCGUGCCAAGCGGAAGCGUGAUUGGGAGCGACGGCCAAAGAGCAAGCGAGUCGCGUGGGAUUCGCUGGACCUCGGAGCUGGACGAAAGGGGGAGGUUGGUGAUGGCUUUGCCUGCGACCUCGAAUAUCUGUUCAAAGAAAGCAAACCUGAAGCGCAAGCUGCGCCAUCUUCGGACGCGAUGGACGUGGACGAAGCUUCUCCUGAGAAGCAGGCACCCGGAAAUGCAGCCAAGGAGAAAUCGCUGCAGGCGCUUAUCCGAAUUCGAAAGGAGGCCUUCAGAGCAUGCACAACACUGCCAAACCCUGCAUCACUUCCCCCACGCUCCAUCAUCAACGUCAACAUCUCAAUGCUCAGCCGGGGCGUCGCCACCGCCUGUGCCAGAGUCUACCGCCUUCCAUCUCGUCCUCAACCCGCCCUGCCAGCCUCAUCAGUGGAGGUCCCGGCAACCGUCCCUCCCCCGCCAAAGUCCAUCAACGGCCUGCCGGCGGAUCUGCGCAGCCAAUGGCUCGCAACCCUCCCCACCACGCAGGCGAAGCCACCAUCGAGUCAACAGCAGCGUCUGCCUCGGAACGCAGACCUGCAGACCCGCAAGAAGCUCCUCGCCCAGACGCUGGUGAGCGCCCCGCCCCCGGACGGCACGCAGCAGAAGCCGAAUCAGACGGACAUGAACGGGCACCCGCUGGUGCCGAACGAGGACGACCUCAUCGGCUUCGUCACGACGGGCGCGUACUCCCUUAGUGAGGGCAGAGCGACAGCCAUGGGAUGUCUCUCGGCCGACAGAGCCGCAGAGGCUCUGAGGAAGGGGGGGUAA